AUGCGGCAAAGUUUAUCCUUGGAUAUGUCGUGUUGCGCGCUUCUCCUCCUCCUCCUUUCUCUUGCGGCCUCCGUGUGUACCGUGGAGGCAAAGGAGUGCACGCUGAAGAAGGGCAUGCGGGCGUGGAAGUACGACGGCGGGUCGUUUCUCCGUGAUGGGCAAAGCGUCACGUGGCAUGAGGUGGACAACAAAGGGGUGCGGCUGGCCUCCUUCACGGAGGUCACGCGUCAGGAGGGCCAAGUCCUUCUCCAUGACGCGAAGCGGGACAUGGAUCUCUUGCUGCGCUCGGAUCUCUGCGCCGUGCGCCAUUCAGCGGAGGACAACUUCCGUCAGCUGUACGCAGGGAAAUUCAUGAAGACGGUGGACUGUACAUGA